UAUCAAAGGGUGAAAAUCCAUUCUAUGUAGUUGAUUACUAUACUAUUGAUUGAUAGCACAGGCUUCCUGUUUCUAUACUUAACAUAAAUAUUUAUUCUUACUCAACUCUUCAUCCCGAUAAAUCUAUAGGUUUAUAAAUGAAGGAAUGCAAUAGUUAACUCCUGUAAACAGAUUUAAAUUUUCUCUGUUAAUAAAAAUCACAGAAUCUACUAGAGAACGCAUUGAAUGACGUGGAAGCCAACAUUUUGAUUUGAUGAAUUUCAUAUUUAGUGCAGCACUAGGAGAAUUAAAUAAGAGAAUUUUUACUUCUUUUAACAAAUGUCGAGUUUGGUUGUGUUAGAACCUAGAACUAGAUUUAGAAACUCACAAAGUAGUCUGCACUAAUAAACAGGGCCCGGUACACCAUGUAUUACACUGCCAAUCAAACUGAAUAGAAUUUAACAUAUGUAUUACUUUAUCAGUUUACCCCCAUUUGCCCCCUCCCUUUAUCGGCCCCGCCUCCCCCCUUCCCCCAUAAUCAUUCCAUUAUGCAACUUGGAUAUUAUUCAUGUAUUGACUAGCCUACAAUUAAAUUGAAUGAAAAGUAAAUAUGUAAAUAACCCAGGUAGUUUCUCUAUACCCUGAGUUAGUUCCUAAGCCUUCUUUACACCCAGAGCUAGUUCCUAAACCUUCCUGGGAAUUCUGUCGGAACUAGCGAGACCCUUCAUAGUUCUAAACAAGUAUCUCUCCUUUAGAUUCAGUGACUUUAUCAUGAUCCAACUAUUUUUUAUCUUUUUUACUAUAAACGAAAUAACUGGGUUGGAGUUUGAAAAGAGUUUGGACACCAACGUUUCAGAUAUUGUAUCCUGCUCUUGUACUACUGGAGAAAUAAAACUACUCAAUGAAACCUGUAUAGCAGGAGUGCUGCAGAAUGAAACCUGUCCUGAGAGCGGGUUCCAGUGCUGUGCACCGUGUGAUUCAACCUGUCUGGAGAUCAAUGAUUGGUUUGUUGAGCACAGAGAUAAGUUCUGUAGAUCUCUAGGAGGAACCUGUAAACAUGAUUCAAACACCUGCAAUGGGAAUUAUAACUCAGGAAUGUGCGGGGGUAAAAAGUGGAGAAAAUGUUGCACUCCACCAGAUGUAUUCAAGAUAUCCGUCCUAUCCUACACAGUACAAAUAAUUCUCAUCAUUAUGAUUAUUCUCACCAACGGGUUGGUUAUACUGAGAACCAUAACAGAUAAGAGUCUUCAUACUGUUCCCUACGUUGGGAUUUGUUGUCUGGCCAAUGCUGAUCUUCUUCUGGCAGUAUUCUGGUUUAUAAUUCAAAGUUUAACGUUCUACCACGGAACCAUGAUAAUGAAUGUGAACAAGCAGUUUAGGCAUCUCCUGGACCUUGCCUUCGUUUGCGAGAUGAAGAUCAUUAUACAAAUUCUUCUUAUCACAUUGGAUAGGUUUCUAGCUGUAGUUUAUCCAAUGGUUCACUACAAGUGGACUCAAGCCAGAGUAUUGACAGUUAAGAAAACUAUCAUUAUCAGUGCGUGUGCUUGGAGUGUGGCGGCUUUACUUGGAUACUCAAGACGCUUCAGUGGAGAAUGGGUUUCCUGUCACAGAAUUAUCAUUAUGUCCAUUUUUAGGACCAUUGUGCCACUCUGUGUAACCGCUGUACUUAAUCUUAUGAUAUUCUUCACAAUUGAAUACAAGAGCGGAGUUUCACACGUCUGUAAAGAGGACAUAUCUUCAUCUAAACCCUCAGAAAGCAAGAAAAUCGUUCUCUCCGUCCAAAACAAGAAAGCUGCAAGAACUGUUGGUUUGAUUCUGAUCUCUAUCCUUCUUGCAUACGUCCCGCUCAGAAUCAUAACUAUGCUCAGCAUCUGUGAGGUGUAUAUGGGCCUGUAUGAGAAGCUUAGUGAUUAUAUCGUGUUUGCAAAACUACUGAAUAGUCUGAUAAACCCAACCCUAUACGCCAUCUCAACUCCAACUUUUAUAAACUCAGUGAAGAAGAUUUUUAUUAAGCGUCGUGACCCAGUGACACAAAAUCAAACCAGAAGUUCAAAUCUGUCAAAAAAAUAAACUGUAAUUAUGCUUUCUCCAGAUCAAAAGUAUCUAUUCUAUAUCGAAAGAAUACGUAAUUAAAAGAAUGAAUAUUGAAACUGAACAAAAUAAAUGUACAUAUUUCAA